UCGGAGUCUGAAAAGUGGUUGGGACGAGUUGCUCCCUCUCUUGCCUUGCCGUUCGCAAGUCUAGCAAGCUCACUGACACCAGACAACACCCUUCGUCCAUCAAAAUGUCUUUCGCUGGCAGACGCAGAGGAAACAAGAUCAAGAAGGGUGUCCAGUUCACUCUCAUGGUCGUCGGUGCUUCUGGAACGGGUCGUACAACUUUUGUCAACACCCUCUGUGACUCUGAGGUCUUGGCCCACAAGGUGUCCGACAACCCAGACACGGCGCACAUCGAGGAAGGCAUCAGGAUAAAGCCCGUCAACGUCGAACUCGAGGAGGAUGGUGUCCGCAUCGCGCUCACCAUCGUAGAUACGCCUGGCUUCGGUGACAACAUCGACAACGAGUUCGCUUUUCAAGAAAUUGUUGGCUACCUCGAGCGCCAAUACGACGACAUCUUGGCGGAAGAAUCCCGUAUCAAACGUAACCCUAGGUUCAGGGACAACCGAAUCCAUGCUCUGCUUUACUUCAUCCCGCCAACUGGCCAUGCUCUGAGGGAGAUGGAUAUCGAGUUAAUGCGCCGCUUGUCACCUCGCGUCAACGUGAUCCCUGUCAUCGGCAAGGCGGAUUCUUUGACCCCAAGCGAACUCCGGGGUUUCAAGAAACGCAUCAUGGAAGACAUCGAACAUUACGACAUCCCCAUCUAUAACUUCCCCUAUGACAUUGAAGAAGACGACGAGGAGACCAUCCAAGACAACAGUGAACUACGGGCCCUCCUUCCCUUUGCUAUCAUAGGUUCUGAGGAGGUGCUCGAUGUAGAUGGACAGUCCGUUCGCGCCAGGCGAUACCCUUGGGGUAUCGUUGAGGUCGACAAUCCGAAGCACUCGGAUUUCAGCAGACUCAGGAGUGCCCUCUUGAACUCUCACCUCUCGGACCUCAAGUCGCUCACCCACGACGUGCUCUACGAGACGUACCGUACCGAAAAAUUGUCCAGGACGGUGCACGCCGAUGCGCAUGACUCGUCUAUUCUCCCUGAGGAGCUUGCCACCCAGAGCGUGCGUCUCAAGGAGGAACAACUCCGCCGUGAGGAAGAGAAGCUUCGUGAGAUCGAACUUAAAGUACAGCGGGAGAUCAAUGAGAAGCGACAGGAGCUGUUGGCCAAGGAAGAAUCUCUGAGAAAUCUGGAGAGCCGACUGGCUGCCCAAGGUUCACAGGGCGAGUUCCGAGACUGAUGGAGUUUCGAUUGGUGAAAAGCAUCGGACUGUGUGGUCUAGAGUAUACCCUGUGCCGCGUCCAUUCCUUACUGACUUGUCCAUUCCCUCGUUUGUGGUUACUUCUAAUCUCUGCGACUCUAUUAGCGGAUAAUGCAGACGCUCCUUGUGUUGCCUUGUCACUAUUUCUUGUCUUUGUGUUCCUUGCUCCAUACAAAAUGCCACUGUCACACUUGACGCGUCGGAG